AUGACCACCUCUGUAUUCUUUCUUGAAUCAUUCUUCGCAAUGAAUAUUCAUCAUGAUAAACCCAGGUCUCGUUUGAGUUUGACAUACGUGCGACCUCCUUCCCCACUUGUAGAGAUGCAGCCGGAUGAGAUUAGCGGUCCUUUGGUAAGGUCCUGCCUGAUUACAUAUCUAAUCGGAUUUUAAAAGAUUACCACCAGCUAAUCGCUAGCAGGAGUUCUUCAUUGGCCACCGGCGCAUUACUUUAACACGAGCCGACCGGCUUGACCCGUGCCGAUUUGUCUACCGUGUCCAAGUCGUAGCUCCGUUGUUUCUCGAUCAAAUCCCGAUCCCGACUUUACGUCUAGCUAUUCGACACCUCCUCAAUUUCUGCCCAUGGUUGAGAACUCUUCGGCUAGAGUGGUUUCUACCGCUCACGUGUAUCUUGAAGAGACAAAAACAGGAUUGGGAGGAGGAGUUCGACAACGAGAAGCGUGCUUAUCAUCUUCUUAAACCGCUCUAAGGCAUUGUCGUUCCCUAUUUUUACGGCGAGGUCACCUACGACAACCACCCAGCUAUACUUUUGUCUGAAAUUCAUGGUACACGGUUAGACUGUCUUUGUAUGUCACCUAACAACGACGAAAAUUUCGAAGGAAAACUGGAGGUGGCACUCAGAGAAUUGACUAAAUACGGAGUCGAGCACGCUGAUCCAGUGUUACAUAAUUUUUUGGCGGUAGAAGAGCGUGUUAUGAUUAUCGACUUUGAGCAAGUCAGAUUUGAGAAGACAACAGUCUGGGAGGAAAGUAUGAAUAAGGCUAAUCUGGGAAGUAUGAUGUGGGAUGCUGAAUUCUUUCGACGUGGAAAUGCGUUUAUUCACGAGGAAAGCGCACGUUUUGUAAGGGAGCAGGUACAAAGGCGAACAUUUGGGAC